AUGGCACCACACGCCAGAGGAAUUGAUCCUAAACUCGAAAAGGGCUGGAUACAUUCCAUCGAAAGAGAAGACGAAGUAAGAUUGAAAUGGUUUCGGAAACACGAAGAACGCUUGAACGAAAUAGCUAAUGCAACUUGUUCAAGGACCGUACCUGAAGAGGCUAAAGAGAAAUUCGCUAAGGGUUUGAUAGAAAAUUUUAGAAAUGUACAAAGAUUCAGUCGGAAGAAAGUUGAAGAGGCUGAACUGAUCAGUCCGGGGAAGUUAAUGGAUAUUAUGCGACCUGUUGAUCAUGAAGUAAAGAAAAUGAUAUACGAAAGAGAAGUUGACGGACGUAAAAGAUAUCUACAGAAAAGAGCACACCUGUUACCAGAAAAACGAUAUUACCUUCCAGAGUGUUCUAGUUGGAUAUACGGUUGGAAUAUAUUUGAUACAAUGAAAACUUUGAAGAGAUAUCCAUUCGGCAGAGAAGAAGUAGUAAAGCAUUCGUUUUAUAGAAGAAGAGGAAUCGAACGAGAGCCCGAUUGGUAUCGCAAACCAGCUGCUUUUAGUCCAAACAUAUGUACAGCGGAAUAA